GCAAACGGAGGUGGGAUGCAGGAAAGCUGCAGGCGAGAGACAAAGCAAUCAGAGGUGGUAGAGAGAUGGCUAACCUGAGACAGCAGCCUUCACUUUGCUGCCAUACAUCAUCCAACGAGGCUUUCGCAUCCUAGCGUUUCUCUCCUCCUGUGUCUCUUUCUGCUAGUCUGACCUCUGCUUUCAAGCUGAUUCUACUCUCCAGUUACUAACAUUCUUGAUGGUUCCCCAGAGUCUGCAGGAUAAACCCCAAAGUCCAUCAUAACGGUCCUCCGUCAACAGAUCACCCACCCCAAUUACCGCCUCCUGGUGGAGACUUCAUGGCUCACACACAUAAUGUGACUGAAUUCAUUUUUCUGGGACUUUCUCCCAAUCGGGACGUGCAGAAAGUUUGCUUUGUGAUAUUUCUGCUCUUGUACACAGCAAUUGUGCUGGGGAAUUUCCUCAUCGUGCUCAUCGUCUUAGCCAGCAGAAGUCUUCGUUCCCCCAUGUACUUCUUCCUCAGCUACCUGUCCUUCGUGGAGAUCUGCUACGCCUCCACCACGGCCCCCAAACUCAUCUCAGAUUUGCUGGCUGAAAGGAAAGCCAUAUCCCUGUGGGGCUGCAUGACACAGCUUUUCUUCAUCCACUUCUUUGGUGGCACUGAGAUUUUCCUGCUCACCGUGAUGGCCUAUGACCGCUACGUGGCCAUCUGCAAACCCCUCAACUACACCACCAUCAUGAACCGGCAGGCGUGUGCUGUCCUGGUGGGGGUAGCAUGGCUGGGGGGCUUCGUGCAUUCCUUCACCCAAAUCCUGCUCACCUUCCGCUUGCCUUUCUGUGGCCCCAACGUGAUCGACCACUACUUCUGUGACCUGCUUCCUUUGCUCAAACUCGCCUGCUCUGACACCUUCCUCAUUGGCCUGCUGAUUGUUGUUAAUGGGGGGACCCUGUCUGUGUUCUGUUUUCUGAUCCUCUUAACCUCCUAUGUGGUCAUCCUGCUGCACCUGAGGACCCGGAGCUCCGAGGGGCGGCGCAAGGCCCUCUCCACCUGUGCGUCCCACAUCACCGUGGUGAUCUUGUUCUUUGGGCCCUGCAUCUUCAUCUACCUGAGGCCUUCUGCCACCCUGCCUGUGGACAAGGUGGUGGCCAUAUUCUACACAGUGAUCACGCCUCUCCUCAACCCUCUCAUCUACUCCCUGAGAAACGCUGAAGUGAAGAAGGCCAUGAAAAGGCUGUGGGUGAGGGCCAUGAGACCGGACUGGAAGUAGAGGUUGUGUCUUAGCACUCGUCCUGGGGGCUUGGAAGGGAUGAAAGGGAGUUCACAGGACUUGUUAGUUCUAGAGUUAUUCUAACUGGUCCUCAUCUUCAAAAACUUUAUUGUGAUCACUUGUAAAAUAUUCCCUCUGAGGGAUUUAUGUACUAUAUUUGAAUUAGCCAGUUCCUGUUAGAUCAUUUCUAUUUUUUUUCACUAGUAUGAAUAACAUUGCAGUAAGUAUUCUUGAAUAGAAAUCUUCACACUUCUGAUUUUUUCUUAGACUCAUUUGCUGUAGUAAAUUCACUGUGUUACAAGGUAUAGCAACUUUUGAUGCAUAGUGUUACAUUGAUUCUUAGAGAGAUUGUACUAACUAACUGUCCGUGUGAAAGUGCUCUUGAUGGAAUUGAACAAUGUCAUUACGCCUUUUCCGGAUGAGAAAUAAGAUUUUACAUAGUCUCAAAGUAUCUCCCUGCAAGAUACUUAUUAAUUGCAAAAGGCAAAAUGUAGCUCACUAUUGAAACCUGGCAGGCACUUCCUUAAGUAGCUGCUCAAACUUAACAUCAUCAGUAUUGAGACAGGAGAGGCACGUGGGAUCGUGAAUGUGUCCCUCCCACCAAAGGUACCUAACCUGAGGCUGGUCAUGAGAAAGUGUCAGGCAAAACCCAAAGGUAGAACAUGGUACAAAAUUGCUAACAGGCUUCUGCAAAAGUAUCAACGCAAAGAAAUAGAAGAUUUUUUUUUUUUACAGAUAGAUGCUAACUAAACACUACCUGUGAUCCUUCACUGAAUCCUGUACUAGGUGGAGGUCAUCAGUGGGCAGAAGGGCUGUAGAUGAGAAUAAUGGAGUUGUGUCCAAGUUAAUUUUCUGAUUUUGACAAUUACAGUGUGUUUAUGUCAGAGAACGUCCUGGGAGUGGGGAAUUACUUACUGAGGUAUCUAAAGGUAAAUGGGCAUUAUGUCGUCAAAUUUCAAACAUUUCAGAAAACAAUUCUAUCUGUCUGUCUAUGUAUUGAGAGAAUGAAUGAUAAAGAAAAUGUAGAAAAACAAUAUUUGGACAAUUUGAAUUAAGGAUUUAUAGGAUUUCUUUGUGUUAUUAUUGCAACUUUCUUGUAAGUCAAAAUUAUUUCAAAAUAUAAAGUGAAAAUAUUUUGCAAAUUAGAUAGACAUCUUGUUUCAUUUACAUUUUUUUUGAGUGAGGUGGGGUGUUUUAAUAUUUACUAGCCUUAAGUCGUGUUUUUAAACUUUUCCUGAUGGGCUGGUCCCUUCACAUUCUCCUCUUUUUCAAAGGUCUCCUGGGGAUUCCUUCCUCACAGAAACUUUGGGUUUAGUCCUACUUCUCCUCCUGUUCUGUCCCACCCCCACCCUGCAAGAACUUGUUUUGAUGGAUACCCCAUUACGUUUAUAAGUGUAUUGAGAAAGAAUCAAUGUCUUAAUGGUGGGCCUCCCCAUGCAAAACUAGGGUUUUUCUUUCCAUUUGCCGAUGUCUUCUUUUGUGUCCUUCAGUGGAGAGUCAUUCUCUUAGCAACUUUCAAGUCUGUGAGGCAGUAGCAGUAACUAUAAUCACCCCAAACUGAUUCGUUCACAACUGAAGUUUGCACUCUUUGGUGAAUGCGUCCCACCUUCCCCAGCCCCCAGCUGCUGGCAACCACCAUUCUAUUAUCACAUGUCUUUAUACUGCUAAUCAGCAUCCUUUUAUUUUAGCUUUGAAGAACUUCUCUCAGGAUUUCUUCUAAGGCACAGGUGGGCUGAAUCUGGCCCUCCACCUUGUUUUAUCCUGCCAAGCACCUUGUUUCUACCUGGUGUCAGCCCCGAGCUCCUUGCCCCUAGUUAAGGAGUAGUUACAUUUAUACAGUCCUAAAGUUAUAUUUCACCCUUUGAAAGCAACCAUGAGGCUGCUGUGGCCCCUGUGAAAAUGAGUUUGACACCUGUGUAAGGCCAGUCUAGUGGCGAUGAACACUGUUGGCUUGUUUGUUGGGGGAAAGCUUUAUCUUGGCUUCAUUUCAAAGAACAACUUUGCUGGGUAAAGUAUUUUUGGAGUCAUUUUUUUUCUUUCUUUAGCACUUUGAAUAGAUCAUCCCACCUGGGAGGUUUCUUCUGAGAAAUCUGCUGAUAGCCUUGUGGAGGUCCCUUGUAUGAGGGAAUUUGUUUUGUUGCUUUUAAAUUUCUCUGUCUUUGUUUUU